GUGCCGUUUAAAUUUAUGAUGUUGCAAACAAUGCAUAAAUAUUUUAAUAACGAAAUAAAAUUGCUAUUUUUAAUAUUAAUAUUGACAUUAAAAUGGCAACAUGGUGUUUAUGGUGACUCCGCUGCCACAUAUGCUCCAGCUCCAGCUGGUGAUGCUGAUGUUAUUGAUGGCGUUGUGUUGAAUACCAAUAUGACAAAAGAAGAGGAGAAGUUGGUGGAGAGCAACAAAAGAUCUACAAUGACCACUGCUGAGAAGAGAAAUAAUAACAACACUUUGAUUUAUGACCACAUUAAUGAGAAUCUCAACGAUAAAUUAUUGGAAAAUGUUGCUGUUGUGACCAAAGACAUGCAGCAGGAACAAAGCGAACAUCAACAACAACAAGAACCCAAGAAUUUAUUAAAGACCUCGUUAUCGCCAGCGGAGAAGCCUGCUGAUAAUGUUGAUCAAUUAAAUGAGAACAAUAAUGCAACUGUCCCUGGGGAGCCAAAUAUCGCCAUUGAGUGCAUGGACAAUAAAACCAGAAUGGACUGUUAUAAGGAUGUGGAAAUUGCCAGCGAUGAAAAUGAAAACAAAAAGGCCAUGAAUCAAAAUACAAUAACCAUUGAUACGAAGAUACAGUUCCAGGCAAAAUUAAUACGUCAAUUUGCAUUACGUCACAAGAAAAUAAGCCGCAUUAAUUUAUUCACAUGUAAAGGUACAGCAAGUGCGAAUAAUGAUAAAACUCCCCAGGAAUUAUAUCGUCGACAAAUUCAACGUAACAAGGAAACGGCACAGCUGUUGGAACACUUAUUCAUUGAAAAAUCUUCAGAUCCAUCAAAUUAUAAAGGCAUGAUUUUGAAAGUAAUACUAAUUGAUCAUUUAAUUCCGAAGAAGCGUACAGAUGCUGGCCCCGUCAAUCAAAGAGCUCGUUUUGACAGAACAAAUACACGAAGUGGUCCAGGUUCGAAUACACGUAGUACUGUAUCCAAUCCAAAUUGGUUGGAUCAAGUUUUACGUCCUGAACAUUUUUAUCAACUUGUUGUUGUUGAUCUUUCAUGUGGUCCUGCAAGUCGUAAACUUCUUGAAACGGCCUCCAAUAAAGCUCUUUUUAACUCCUUGUAUCACUGGCUGUUGAUAGAGGAUUAUACAUUUAAUGGGCAAACUGAAAUCAAUGAUGCGGAUGAUAUGAAAAACAAGAUGAACAGUGACAACAAAACGGGCAGGGGAACAAGAAAAACAAACGAUGAUGAUGCGACUGGUGCUGCUGCCGAUGAUGAAAUGGAGAAUAUUGAAAAUUUUCUUGAAAAACUCAACAUCAAUAUAAAUACUGAGUUAAUAUUGGCAAAGAGACGUGUGCGUAGCAUUACGCUAACAACACCAAGUGAAUCGCAAUCUAUUGUUAUGCCGUCAGUAGCAGAUAGUGUCGAUACCACCUCAUCCUCCCCUCCUGUUGGUGAAGACUAUGAAACACUACAAAAGAUGGAUUACUACAUAUUAUACGAUGUUUGGAACCCUGGUCGUCAGUAUGGUGGACAAUUGAACACCUCCGAAAUUGGUGUGUUUUCUAUGAAAAAUGGAUUGGAUCUAGCCAAAUGGUAUAGAGGAUCAUCGUUCAUAAUGCGCAGAAUGGAUAUGAAGUUGGCUCGCAUACGUUGUCUGGUUGUGGUUACCCACAAAAACAAUUCCGAAUCAUUGCAUGACUAUUUAAUAAGUCACACCGAUACACACUUGGAUUCAAUGAAUCGAUUUAAUUUCGCAUUAUUAUCACAUGUUCGAGAUUUAUUCAAUUUCAGUUUCGUUUUGUCCAAAACCGCCACCUGGGGUUAUUUAAAGAAUGGUAAAUUUGAUGGCAUGAUUGGUGCAUUGGUUCGCAAACAAGCGGAUAUUGGCGGAUCACCCAUAUUCUUUCGCAUAGAACGUGCCAAAGUGAUUGAUUAUACCACCAGAACAUGGGUGGCUAGACCUUGUUUCAUAUUUCGACAUCCACGCAGCACUAAAAAGGAUCGCAUUGUAUUUUUGCAACCCUUCUCAAAUGAUGUCUGGAUUUUGUUGGCCGGCUGUGGUGUGGCCACCAUUCUACUCUUGUGGCUGUUGACAACGCUCGAAACUGAUGGUGGGCGUCCAGUUUCAGGUAAGUGUCGUGAUAUACCAAAUACAUCGGUCAUACCGACUAAAUCAUUUCCACAUGGUAGUUUUAAACGCCGUCUGGUGCGAUGGGGUGGUUUACUUUGCGGCUAUGACAUACGAGAUGAUAAUUCGGCAACACAAAGGGUUGGCAUGUUUUUGGAGUCGAUUUUAUUUUAUGUGGGUUCCAUAUGUCAGCAGGGUUUAUCUUUUUCCACACGAUCAUUUUCGGGUCGUUGCAUUGUAACAACAUCGUUGUUAUUUUCUUUUGCCAUUUAUCAAUUCUAUUCGGCCAGUAUUGUGGGCACCUUGCUAAUGGAGAAGCCCAAAACCAUAAGGACAUUAAGGGAUUUAAUACAUUCCUCAUUGGAAAUUGGCAUUGAGGAUAUUGUCUAUAACAGGGAUUAUUUUUUGCGCACCAAAGAUCCCGAUGCCCAGGAGUUGUAUGCCAAAAAAGUUACCAGCAUGCCAGCGGCAGAUGGUACCGGUUUUGUAGAUGCCCCGCCCGAUAAUGUUAUACUACCCACAUCUCUAACACCGAUGACAGAGGCCCAAAAAGCCAAAGCCUAUCGAGAUAUUUUACAUAGUCAUGAGACUGGUGCCCAUGCCAAGACCAAUGAGGCUUCGAAUUGGUAUGAACCCGAAUUUGGUGUGGCAAAAAUCAAGAAAGGGCAUUUCGCCUUCCAUGUUGAUGUUGCCACGGCAUAUAAAAUCAUGGCCGAUACAUUUACGGAAAAAGAAAUUUGUGAUUUAACGGAGAUUCAACUAUUUCCACCACAGAAAAUGGUUAGCAUUGUUCAGAAGGGUUCACCAUUGCGUAAACCUAUAACAUAUGGCUUAAGACGUGUCACGGAAGUCGGUUUGAUGGAUUAUGAGCGUAAAAUUUGGCAUUCCCCAAAACCCCGAUGUGUUAAACAGUUGCACACCGAUGAUCUACAGGUCGAUAUGCAAACAUUUACAUCUGCUCUUUUGGUUUUGAUGUUUGGAAUCUUGGUCAGUGGCCUCAUUUUAUCCUUAGAGAUUAUGCAUCAUCGAAUGUGGCAACAAUAUACAACAACAUCAUCAACAACAAUACCAAUAACAAUACUAACAACAGCAACAACAGGAGCACCAUCAAACGAAUAA